AUUGAAAUUUCAUUUUACGGCACGAGCCGGUAUUAGCGAAUCCGUCUCGCAGUGGACUGUACCAAAGUAGAGGAAUGUGCCUCGCCAGGGUGCUGAUGGUACGUUUAGUCCACUGGCAAAAUCCGAUCCCUGCCUCCUCGUGGCGCUGCCGGAUGUCGGUUUUGAUGAGCUUUGUCCGCUCGUUGAAGCCUAACCAAAGGGACGGUGCUGCUUUCCAAGGAAGGUGUACCAAAAGAAAGCAGCUGGAGCGAUGUUCGAACACAGCAUCCUUUAGGGAAUAGUAAGCUGUUUCCUGUAAACAGGUAUGAAAUGAUUCGUUCUUUAUGAACGAAUUAUGGUUUAAGCGAUCGUAACGACAGGUAUCGGUAUUGGAUGUUUGGGACCAGUGCUUUGUUCCUGGAUCGUGACACGAGUAGGAAGGGGGCUGCCCAAGAGCCCCAGAGAAUGCUAUGAGGUGGGCAUCGGUACUAGUAGCUUGGAACCGGUACUAUUGGCCCAAUCACAAGCGCUCAACUGUGGUGGAGGACGUCCAAGCGUCCUGGAGGGGACUGUGGGAUGAUCUUGAGCCCGGAACGAGACUGGGAAUCUCGGAGUACGGGCUUGAGAAAGGUUUGAUCACAAAUGUCCCGUAGAUAGUUAGACCGGGUAUCGGUAUUGGAUGUUUGGGACCAGUGCUUUGUUCCUGGAUCGUAACACGAGUAGGAAAGGGGGCUGCCCAAGAGCCCCAGAGAAUGCUGUGAGGUGGGCAUCGGUACUGGUAGCUUGGAACCGGUACUAUUGGCCCAAUCACAAGCGCUCAACUGUGGUGAGGGACGUCCAAGCGUCCUGGAGGGGACUGUGGGAUGAUCUUGAGCCCGGAACGAGACUGGGAAUCUCGGAGUAUGGGCUUGAGAAAGGUUUGAUCACAAAUGUCCCGUAGAUAGUUAGACCGGGUAUCGGUAUUGGAUAUUUGGGACCAGUGCUUUGUUCCUGGAUCGUAACACGAGUAUGAAGGGGGCUGCCCAAGAGCCCCAGAGAAUGCUGUGAGGUGGGCAUCGGUACUGGUAGCUUGGAACCGGUACUAUUGGCCCAAUCACAAGCGCUCAACUGUGGUGAGGGACGUCCAAGCGUCCUGGAGGGGACUGUGGGAUGAUCUUGAGCCCGGAACGAGACUGGGAAUCUCGGAGUACGGGCUUGAGAAAGGUUUGAUCACAAAUGUCCCGUAGAUAGUUAGACCGGGUAUCGGUAUUGGAUGUUUGGGACCAGUGCUUUGUUCCUGGAUCGUAACACGAGUAGGAAGGGGGCUGCCCAAGAGCCCCAGAGAAUGCUGUGAGGUGGGCAUCGGUACUGGUAGCUUGGAACCGGUACUAUUGGCCCAAUCACAAGCGCUCAACUGUGGUGGAGGACGUCCAAGCGUCCUGGAGGGGACUGUGGGAUGAUCUUGAGCCCGGAACGAGACUGGGAAUCUCGGAUUACGGGCUUGAGAAAGGUUUGAUCACAAAUGUCCCGUAGAUAGUUAGACCGGGUAUCGGUAUUGGAUGUUUGGGACCAGUGCUUUGUUCCUGGAUCGUAACACGAGUAGGAAGGGGGCUGCCCAAGAGCCCCAGAGAAUGCUGUGAGGUGGGCAUCGGUACUGGUAGCUUGGAACCGGUACUAUUGGCCCAAUCACAAGCGCUCAACUGUGGUGGAGGAUGUCCAAGCGUCCUGGAGGGGACUGUGGGAUGAUCUUGAGCCCGGAACGAGACUGGGAAUCUCGGAGUACGGGCUUGAGAAAGGUUUGAUCACAAAUGUCCCGUAGAUAGUUAGACCGGGUAUCGGUAUUGGAUGUUUGGGACCAGUGCUUUGUUCCUGGAUCGUAACACGAGUAGGAAGGGGGCUGCCCAAGAGCCCCAGAGAAUGCUGUGAGGUGGGCAUCGGUACUGGUAGCUUGGAACCGGUACUAUUGGCCCAAUCACAAGCGCUCAACUGUGGUGAGGGACGUCCAAGCGUCCUGGAGGGGACUGUGGGAUGAUCUUGAGCCCGGAACGAGACUGGGAAUCUCGGAGUACGGGCUUGAGAAAGGUUUGAUCACAAAUGUCCCGUAGAUAGUUAGACCGGGUAUCGGUAUUGGAUGUUUGGGACCAGUGCUUUGUUCCUGGAUCGUAACACGAGUAGGAAGGGGGCUGCCCAAGAGCCCCAGAGAAUGCUGUGAGGUGGGCAUCGGUACUGGUAGCUUGGAACCGGUACUAUUGGCCCAAUCACAAGCGCUCAACUGUGGUGGGGGACUCCAAGCGUCCUGGAGGGGACUGUGGGAUGAUCUUGAGCCCGGAACGAGACUGGGAAUCUCGGAGUACGGGCUUGAGAAAGGUUUGAUCACAAAUGUCCCGUAGAUAGUUAGACCGGGUAUCGGUAUUGGAUGUUUGGGACCAGUGCUUUGUUCCUGGAUCGUAACACGAGUAGGAAGGGGGCUGCCCAAGAGCCCCAGAGAAUGCUGUGAGGUGGGCAUCGGUACUGGUAGCUUGGAACCGGUACUAUUGGCCCAAUCACAAGCGUUCAACUGUGGUGAGGGACGUCCAAGCGUCCUGGAGGGGACUGUGGGAUGAUCUUGAGCCCGAAACGAGACUGGGAAUCUCGGAGUACGGGCUUGAGAAAGGUUUGAUCACAAAUGUCCCGUAGAUAGUUAGACCGGGUAUCGGUAUUGGAUGUUUGGGACCAGUGCUUUGUUCCUGGAUCGUAACACGAGUAGGAAGGGGGCUGCCCAAGAGCCCCAGAGAAUGCUGUGAGGUGGGCAUCGGUACUGGUAGCUUGGAACCGGUACUAUUGGCCCAAUCACAAGCGCUCAACUGUGGUGGAGGACGUCCAAGCGUCCUGGAGGGGACUGUGGGAUGAUCUUGAGCCCGGAACGAGACUGGGAAUCUCGGAGUACGGGCUUGAGAAAGGUUUGAUCACAAAUGUCCCGUAGAUAGUUAGACCGGGUAUCGGUAUUGGAUGUUUGGGACCAGUGCUUUGUUCCUGGAUCGUAACACGAGUAGGAAGGGGGCUGCCCAAGAGCCCCAGAGAAUGCUGUGAGGUGGGCAUCGGUACUGGUAGCUUGGAACCGGUACUAUUGGCCCAAUCACAAGCGCUCAACUGUGGUAAGGGACGUCCAAGCGUCCUGGAGGGGACUGUGGGAUGAUCUUGAGCCCGGAACGAGACUGGGAAUCUCGGAGUACGGGCUUGAGAAAGGUUUGAUCACAAAUGUCCCGUAGAUAGUUAGACCGGGUAUCGGUAUUGGAUGUUUGGGACCAGUGCUUUGUUCCUCGAUCGUAACACGAGUAGGAAGGGGGCUGCCCAAGAGCCCCAGAGAAUGCUGUGAGGUGGGCAUCGGUACUGGUAGCUUGGAACCGGUACUAUUGGCCCAAUCACAAGCGCUCAACUGUGGUGGGGGACGUCCAAGCGUCCUGGAGGGGACUGUGGGAUGAUCUUGAGCCCGAAACGAGACUGGGAAUCUCGGAGUACGGGCUUGAGAAAGGUUUGAUCACAAAUGUCCCGUAGAUAGUUAGACCGGGUAUCGGUAUUGGAUGUUUGGGACCAGUGCUUUGUUCCUGGAUCGUAACACGAGUAGGAAGGGGGCUGCCCAAGAGCCCCAGAGAAUGCUGUGAGGUGGGCAUCGGUACUGGUAGCUUGGAACCGGUACUAUUGGCCCAAUCACAAGCGCUCAACUGUGGUGGAGGACGUCCAAGCGUCCUGGAGGGGCCUGUGGGAUGAUCUUGAGCCCGGAACGAGACUGGGAAUCUCGGAGUACGGGCUUGAGAAAGGUUUGAUCACAAAUGUCCCGUAGAUAGUUAGACCGGGUAUCGGUAUUGGAUGUUUGGGACCAGUGCUUUGUUCCUGGAUCGUAACACGAGUAGGAAGGGGGCUGCCCAAGAGCCCCAGAGAAUGCUGUGAGGUGGGCAUCGGUACUGGUAGCUUGGAACCGGUACUAUUGGCCCAAUCACAAGCGCUCAACUGUGGUGAGGGACGUCCAAGCGUCCUGGAGGGGACUGUGGGAUGAUCUUGAGCCCGGAACGAGACUGGGAAUCUCGGAGUACGGGCUUGAGAAAGGUUUGAUCACAAAUGUCCCGUAGAUAGUUAGACCGGGUAUCGGUAUUGGAUGUUUGGGACCAGUGCUUUGUUCCUGGAUCGUAACACGAGUAGGAAGGGGGCUGCCCAAGAGCCCCAGAGAAUGCUGUGAGGUGGGCAUCGGUACUGGUAGCUUGGAACCGGUACUAUUGGCCAAUCACAAGCGCUCAACUGUGGUGAGGGACGUCCAAGCGUUCUGGAGGGGACUGUGGGAUGAUCUUGAGCCCGGAACGAGACUGGGAAUCUCGGAGUACGGGCUUGAGAAAGGUUUGAUCACAAAUGUCCCGUAGAUAGUUAGACCGGGUAUCGGUAUUGGAUGUUUGGGACCAGUGCUUUGUUCCUGGAUCGUAACACGAGUAGGAAGGGGGCUGCCCAAGAGCCCCAGAGAAUGCUGUGAGGUGGGCAUCGGUACUGGUAGCUUGGAACCGGUACUAUUGGCCCAAUCACAAGCGCUCAACUGUGGUGAGGGACGUCCAAGCGUCCUGGAGGGGACUGUGGGAUGAUCUUGAGCCCGGAACGAGACUGGGAAUCUCGGAGUUCGGGCUUGAGAAUGCUACCCUACCUAGAGUUUGCUCUGAAGUGGGCAUCGGUACUGGUGGCUUGGAUCUGGUACUAUUGGCCCAAUCAGGAGGAUUUAAUAAGGAGAGAUUUCCAAGCGUCUAAAAGGGGAACAGUGCUUUUGUGUUGCAGUGCUUGUUUUCGUUACUGGUACUGUGGACAUGGAAACUGUAUUCCAGUAACCGGGAAAAAGGUUGGUGUUUACCUUAUACCUGGAGUUAUACUCAGUUUGAGUUCAAAAAAUAUAACAAAAUUAUAAAAAAUACAAAAAAAGAAGAGAUGGCAGGAGUAGAGGACGAAAAGAAAAAUAAUUAAUUAGGUUUCACAUGUGAGUUAAUGUUUGACGCAGAAAGUACAAAUACAAUGUAAAAGAUAGUUAUAAUAUAUUUUACAAAUCAUUCCGUUGCAAAUUCACAUCAAUGUUAACAAGUAUAAAAAUCAUCAAAUGACGAUGUAUUAGAUGAUUGGCGGUGUUCUCGUAAAUCCAGCGUUUGCCUAUUCCGUUGUUCUCGUAAAUUUAAAUUCAUCGCAAGUUGAUUAUGAUUUAGGAGUAUUUUCCCAUCAGACAUUAAGUGCCAUCAAGUACCAGAUUAUACCUCAUUUACUUUUUACAAAAGUUCUAGCAUACAUCAAAACCAACACAUAACUAAGCGAAUAUGGAAGUAAGUUGCACGAGCCACAUGAACUGUUGUUCAUAAAUACUGAUAGAGUUUCAAAAAUCAAUUAAAGUAUAGGGAAAAUAGUAAUGUGAUAAUGAAAGCAAUUCGGUUCAAACAAGAAGUUUGUAAAUCAAUAUUGAAGAUUAGAAAAUAAUUAAGUAUCAAAGAUCAUGUUGCCGGUGAUACAGUUUGCAGCAGAAAGGCCUGAUAGAAACUUGUUGAAAUAACAACCGUACACAUUUUGAGCAGAGAAAAACCAUCAUCGAUCUCCCGGAUUUGUGCUAGGUUUCCCAACUGAUUUCUCUAUAGAUUCUGACCAUGUUUUUAAGUGAAACAUAACAUUAGAGUCUUAUACAAUAGAGAUAUAUAUAAUGGGCCGGUCCCGCGAACCAGUCGUCAACUCGUACGUUUCAAUGGUAUGCUUGUGAUGGGUUCAAGCCUAGAAUGGACCCCGGUGUUCCCCCGGUGGCAACGACCAACUAUUCGACUAAGUGGUACCUGUAUAAGCCUUGAAAACCUAUAUAAUCCAGCGUGUCCGCAUAGAACGCUACGCCAAAUGGAGGAAGAAGAAGAACAAUAGAGCAAAGAAACAGAGCAUGAAUGUCAACUACAAUCGCGCCAACAUGGGUGCUGGUGGAUAUGGUGCAUCGAAUGUUCUGAAUGAAUCGAUCGAAAGUCGUUGGACAGUUGCGGAGCUGCGAUGAACUCGAGUGAUCUUGUAGCAGAAUAACAAGCCAAUUGGAUUCGAAAACGAAAUCCAGACUUUGCUUCAUAAACGAUGACGAAGUAGUAAUACAUGAACAUACAUACAUGAACAUCACCCAGCAUCGUAUUGUAAGCGGAAAGGGGAAUGAUGAUGGUUUUUUCGAAACUAAUGCUCACAUCACAUGCAUUUAAAGAAUGACAACAUUGGGUACUCAUCAUGGUUGUAUGACAGUUUUGGAUGAACUUUGUUCGUUGGACUUGUUCACUAUAAGACCAACUAACUGACUGAAAUUUCUGCUGUGCCCCAUGAGCUCAAGAUGGAGUAAUACCCUAUAGCGGAGCCUUCUGCCGGCAUAUUAUUCUCAACGGCCAUAAAGACUGAGCACGCAGUAUUGCUAUAACCGGCUAUGAUCGAUGCCUAAUAACUUCAACAAUCUUUGGUCAACAUGUUGGACUUCGGGAAACAAAUGUUGAAAUAGUUGCGCUUUGAGUUUAGAAUUCGUCAAAAAAGAUUCCUUUGAUUAUCAAAAAACCUUUCAUAGCCAACAUCAGUUAACAGAACAGAAAAUACGGAAGGAUGAAGAGUUGAAUAUUUUAUCUUUAGACAACAACAUACCAUUUUUAGAGAACAUAGAUAGGAAUAGUUUGAAUUUGAAUAAAAUACGACCACUAUAUACAGGAUAUACGAACACGUCCAAAUAAUUGCAGGAAAAAUUCAUUUUCAGACAUAAAAUGUGUAGGUUACACAAAAAUGUAUUUCCGUGAUUUGUAAUAAAACUGGAUUGAAAACAAUAUCUGAUAUACAAGUAUUUAAUAAUUGUUUAAACAAGUUUUUGAACAGCAUUUAUUAAUUUACUUAUAUUUGGGAAGACAAAGUACGGUUGCCUCCCCUCUUCCCACGUCGUUUAGUGUGUUGUGUGAUGUAGCUUAGCAUUCCUGCGUUAUAAUUAGUGCCAACUUUGCCCAUUUUCCAACACCUGAGAUCAAAAUCGCUCAAACGUCGUUGAUCCACAUCUCGCAUCUGUUUGAUUUGAUAAAACUAAAAUGUUUCAGAUCAAGAAACGGCGUUCGUUCCUUGUGAUGGCUAUUAUAUAGAAAUUUUCUGAUAUCUUCAUCCGCUGUAGAAACAGCAUCAACGGUAGGAAUAAAUAGAACCCGACAGAUAUCAUAAUACUGUGCUGAUCUCAUAAAUCUGUCACAUCCGUGGUUUUUGUUGAGGUUCCUUAAAGAGAAAACAGUAGAGAAAAAUAUACAGUAACGGCUACCUGAAGUCGGACACCUCAUAUUUUAACUUAUUAUCUGACUGCGGCAUCCCGGACAGUUCCCUAGACCACUCACCGGAAAAAAAAUCACCCAUCGUUGACAACACCCUUGAGCUAUCAAAAUUUAAUAACUUAUUUACUUACUUGGGCCGGUCUGGUUGCACAGUCGUCAACUCGUACGACCUAACAACAUGCCCGUCAUGGAUUCAAGUCCCGAAUAGACCGUGCCUACAUACGCAGGACUGACUUUGCUGCUAUGGUAACAAUAAGGCCUGGGUCUAUGAACAUGAUGUUGCGGCAACAUUUGUUCAAUGGCAACAUUUUUGGAUUUUCCUAUUUAUUUCAAAAACUGUGCACAAAUAUGCUCACAAAAACAUUUUAAAAUUAAGUUGAAAUUAUUUUUUAUCUGUUUUGAUGAUCAAACAAGUCCGAAAAUGUUCCUGCAACACAUAAACAUGAAGCGAAUCGAUUUGUUUCACUCGCAACAAAAAUGUUCCCGCAACAUGAGUUUGACAGUUCGUCCACACGAUUUGGCAACAAAUGUUCCCGCAACAUUUUCAUCGUCCAUCGUUUCCUUGCGCUUCUAUCCUAAAUAUACUUGAUGUAUUUUGACCUACGAUCCUUGCUUUGACAAUUAUGUGUAUGCAUGUUGCUUCUUUAUGUGCUGCGUGUUGCUUAUUUGAUCCUCCGGCUGUACGGAACUUUGCUAGACUGGUUUUACCGUAUUUUUACCAUUUAACUCGUUCCCGACAGGCGUUCCCAAAAACGCUUGAUUAUUUCGGCCGACGAUAAAUAUGCCAUAAAACAAGAUAACGUUUGAUUCUUUCAUUGCUGGUAUUACUUUCAAUAAUUUUAACUCGUAUGAUUUUCUGUUACUUUUCUUACCGAAUGUUUCUAGUAAGAUGUACAUUUGAAGUUACUUAUUUAUUAUUUAUUUAUUUGAAGAUUUUCGGAUUAUUCUCAGUUUAUAGUAGGCAUGUUGACCCGGUUGCUUUACGUAAGUGAGUAAAUUUACUAGUAGCGUUUACUAGUGGUAGUGCGUUAAAAACUUUCCUAUGAAAAAAGUUAGUAAUUUUGAUAUGAUGUUUCCUCAUUCGUCAUAAAUAUUGUUUCAAACGAACUGAAUCUAGCACACAACCGAUGUGAAUUACAAAAACAAAAUUAGUUAUGUAAUGACUUACUUGUACAUAAUGUUAAAUGAGUAGAAUUGUGUAGAAUUCAUCUACGCUAAACAAGAUUCGUCGUAAUAAAAUCCAACUAUUCAAGUGAUUAAAAAAUAUUACAAAAAAAUCUCUGCAUUUCUUUCUCUUUUUCUUCUUCUUCUUCUUAGGUCUUCUUCAACCAAACUGUACCGUUCGAAAUUCUCCUUUAACUGUUGUUUAAAGGUGCGUCAAAUGAACCAUCACCGUAUGGUUAAUUCAGUACACGUGAAAAAGAUAAAUGAUCCGGUUUACAAAAGAAGAAUGCUGUAGCAUAUCUGCUAUACAGAACAUAUUGUAAUACACACUAUCAGCUAUAAACACAUUGUAACACACUUUGGAAAGCCAAACCACACCAUUGUAACACAUUCAUUAUAACACAUUCAGUAAAUCAGAUCAUUGUAGUGUAUGCGUGAGGUUUUAGUUUAAGAGUAAUAUGUAUUAGUAUAUGUGAGUUUAAAGUGUAACUUGUAUUGGUAAUAAAGUAGGUCAGUCUAGUCCAGUCCGUCGAUACGUAUAGAUGUCACAAAUUGGCGACGAGGAUAAAGUCAAGCCUGUUUUAAACAAGCCCGUAGUAAAAGUCGAAGUGUUAAAAAUGAAUACUAUGGGAAACAUUGAGCCCUACGUCUUGGGAGAAUGUUUUAAGGAGUACACUAGUCGGCUUGAAAUGUUUUUCUUGGUCAACGAUGUGUCCGAAGAGAAGAAAGUGCCGAUCAUGGUGACAAUGGCGGGAGCGUCAUUGUAUUCAGCCGCAGUAAAGAUUUGUUCACCGGAUGAUCCACGAGAAAAGUCGUAUAAGGAUUUAGUGAAUGCCUUAAGUGAAUAUUUCACACCAGUGGAGAAUAUCGUGUCGGAGCGCUACCAAUUUCGCAAGCUGAAACAGUCAUCGGAUCAGUCGAUAAACGACUACAUUAUCAGCCUUAAAGCGAAAGCGAAAUCGUGCGAUUAUGGAUCGUUUUUACCGGAUGCGCUAAGGGAUCAGUUUGUUGCUGGAAUCCGAGACCAUGAGCUUCGGACGCGGUUGCUGAGAGAAUCGAGAGUGAAAUUUGCGGAUGCGUGUGAAAUAGCGCGUUCGUGGGAAGGGGCGCAGCAGCAGAACGCAGCGAUGGUGGAGAAGGAGAUGCAUGCGGUAGCGAGCGUGCGUAAAACACCUGUACAGCAGCAGAGCAAGCAGUUGGAACGAGAGUAUGUGUAUCGUCGAAGCAGCCAGGAGCAAAAGACGAAGAAGUGCGGAGUGUCAUCGUUGUGGUCGUGCGCACAAUCCUGCAACUUGUCCAGCAAAAGCGUGGAAGUGUUACGUGUGUGGAAAAAUGGGACACGUUUCAUCGAAGUGUCGGUUUGCAAAAAAACAUAUGAGUAACGCUAGUAGAGGUCAGCUACGGAAAGUAGAUUGCGAUAAAGGUCAAAAUCCUCAGAUGGUCCGUCUUGCUUGUAAUAGUAAGCAAUUAGAGUUUGAGAUAGAUUGCGGUGCGUGUGUUAGUGUAAUUUCGGAAGAAACAUAUACUAAAAUGUUCAACGAUGUACAAAUACUACCAACCGAGGAAUCCUUUUUCUCAGCGUCAGGGCAAGCGAUAAAGCCAAUGGGAAAAAUGUGUGUAAAAGUGGAAAUAGCGAGGUGCGCUAAAUUAUUUGAAUUAGAACUAAUAAUAAUUCGAUCGGAAAGAAGUGUUACGCCACUGCUAGGAAGAAAUUGGUUAGAUGUUUUGUUUCCGGAUUGGAGAAAAGCAUUCGAGUUAAAAAGUGUAGAAUCAGAUGUGCUGGCUGAGUUACAAAAAAAAUUUCCGUGUACUAUUAAUGCGUCAAAUGAGUCAAUUAAGGGAUUUGAGGCAAAUUUAGUAUUGAAAGAGGAUUAUUGUCCAAUUUUUCAUAAAGCCUAUUCCGUUCCCUUCACCUUACAAAGGAAAGUCGAAGAAGAGUUAAACAAAAUGGUCGAAGAAGGUGUGUUAGUGCCAACAAAGUAUUCCGAAUGGGCGAGUCCUGUGGUAAUAGUGGAAAAAGAAAAUGGUUCUGUUAGGCUAUGUCUAGAUGGAAAAGCAACGCUGAAUAAGUAUUUGUCGAUGGAACAUUAUCCACUUCCAAAAAUUGAGGAUAUAUUUGCUAAAAUUUCUGAUUGGAAAUUAUUUUGUAAAAUCGAUUUAUCAGGUGCAUAUUUACAAGUCAAAUUGUCCGAGUCUGCGAAACAAAUAUGCACGAUUAAUACAUCCAAAGGAUUGUUCAAUUAUACACGUAUGCCAUUUGGAAUCCAUACAGCCCCAGCGAUCUUUCAAAGUAUAAUAGAUCAAAUAUUAAGAAAUACGAAAGGAUUGGCAUAUAUAGAUGAUAUUAUUGUCGGAGGGAAAAAUGCGGAAGAAUGCAAAACGAAUUUAUAUGAAGUAAUGGAAAAAUUGAACAGUCAUAACGUAAAGAUUAAUGCGAAUAAGUCAGUUUUUUAUGUGUCACGUAUAGAAUAUUUGGGUCACACUAUAACGAGUAAUGGAAUACACCCAAUUGAAUCCAAAGUAGAAGCUAUUGUAAAAGCACCAGUACCGAGUAAUAUAAGUCAACUUCAAGCAUACUUGGGAUUACUGAAUUAUUACCAUAGAUUCUUUCCAAAUGUAUCAACCACAUUAUACCCUUUAUAUCAAUUGUUGCGAAAAGAGAAAAAGUUUGAAUGGACUAAAUCAUGUCAAGAAGCGUUUGAAAAGUCGAAAAUAUUGCUAUGUGAAAACAGAAUGUUAGUUCCAUAUGACCCCGAAAAACCGUUAGUUUUGCAAGUCGAUGCAAGUCCAUAUGGAAUAGGUGCAAUUUUGUCGCAUGUUAUUAAUAACGAGGAAAAGCCAAUUAUGUUUGCGUCAGCGUCACUAUCAGAAGCCCAAAAGAAUUACGCUCAAGUCCAUAGAGAAGCGCUAGCUGUUGUAUUCGGAGUGAAGAAAUUUCACAAUUAUCUUUAUGGGAGAAAAUUUAGAUUAGUAACGGACAACAGUGGAGUCAAAGAGAUUUUCAAUCCUACGAAAGGAACGUCGAAAAUUGCUGUUGCAAGAUUACAGAGAUGGUCGUUAAUACUAGCAAACUAUGAGUACACAAUAGAACAUAGAGCUGGAAGGAAAAUGAGCAAUGUUGAUGCACUGUCGCGUUUACCUUUGUCAGAGGAAAAUAAGAUAGAGGAUACAAAGUUGAGUCUAAAAGUGUUAGAAGAAGAGACAAUCGAUCUAGAAACACUAAAAGAAAGUCAAAAAAGUGAUGAAGAGAUACGGCAAUUAUAUGAAUACGUUAAGAAAGGAUGGCCAAAACAACUAAACCAAGAGUUUAUACCAUACUUUAAAAUAAGGUAUCAUUUUGGGAUUGAGCAAGAAGUCUUAUAUUUCGACGAAAGAGUGGUGGUACCAAAACGCUUGAAAACGAAAAUACUACACCAAUUUCAUGGAAACCACGAAGGAAUAGUUAGAAUGAAAAUGCACGUAAGGCAACAUUUGUGGUGGAGAAAGUUGGAUAAAGACAUAAUUGAAUUUGUACAAGCGUGUGAGGUAUGUCAAGCACGUCAACCGAUAAAGAGAGAAAUAGUUGACACCACUUGGAGGAAAGCAGAACAGCCCUUUGAAAGGAUACACGUCGAUCUAUUAUAUUUUGAGUCGCGUACGUUAUUAAUAAUCGUAGACGCAUAUACAAAGUACAUUGACGUGAGAGUACUUAAUAUGUCGAAAGCUACAGAUAUAAUCGAACAGUUAGAGUCAGUCUUUGCUUACUUCGGAAGUCCAAAGGAGUUAGUGUCUGAUAACGGUCCUCCGUUCAAUUCCGAAGCAUUUAAAGUAUUUCUAGAAAAACAUAAAGUCAAAGUUACAAAAUCACCACCAUACCACCCACAGUCGAAUGGUUUAGCAGAGAGAGGUGUGAGAACUGUCAAGGAAGUGCUGAGUAAAUUUUUAUUGGAUGAAAAAAGCAAACCAUUGUCGUUAGUAAGGAAGAUAAACAAAUUCCUCAUAAAUUAUAGAAAUACGCCGCAUACAGUAACGAAAGUAACACCAUCUAGUAAGAUGUUAUCAUAUAGACCAAAAACGCAAUACGAUGUAACGCAUUCUUUUAUAUCAGAUUCCGUCACUAAGCCGAACGAACAAAACUACCUAAGUGGUAAACAAGAUAGAAAGGAUCGAAAGGGGAAGUACCAAAGAAACAAAAUUGUAGUAUAUAAAUAUGGUGAAAAAAUAUGGUACAGGAAUCACUUUAAAGAUAUAUUGCGAUGGAUACCGGCUACGGUAUUAAAGAAAGUUAGCCCCCUCAUCUAUUUAGUAAAUUUAAAGGGAUCUUCAAGAUUAGUCCACAUUAACCAAAUACGCAAAAGAGGUAUCGUCCGGUCAUUUCAUCCUCCAAUAGAAAUAGAGAAAGAAGUAAAAUUCCAUGAAAUACGCAAACGGAAACGAAGUGAAUCAAGAUCGCCUCCGAUCAGACGAUCUGACCGAUUAAAGGGUCAGCCUAGAAGAAAAUAUUGUAAAUAGUGUAAAUCCAAGUUAGUCCGGGAGAAUGUAGUGUAUGCGUGAGGUUUUAGUUUAAGAGUAAUAUGUAUUAGUAUAUGUGAGUUUAAAGUGUAACUUGUAUUGGUAAUAAAGUAGGUCAGUCUAGUCCAGUCCGUCGAUACGUAUAGAUGUCACAAUCAUAUCAUAGCACCGCAACCGGAAGAGUUCAGGCCGUCCAUUCAAACAAAUAACAGAUGUGACACACUUAUCAAAAACAACCGAAACGCACAACAUAAGCAGGAACAGCAUGUAACCCAAAGCAGGAACAGUAUAUGCAUUAAACCCAAAACAGGAACUUAGUGACAAGAACCAUCGUUCUUGUCAACAAAAGACAAACGUAACUAGCUGAGUGAAAACAAUAACUUUCCAACAUACAACCCGGAACCAAAUGUGAGAAACCCUUAACUUCUUUUGAGUAUAAAUAAAACCAACUCCGAUCAUGGCAAGUCAGAUUCGUUCGGACUGUCAGGAUAGGACUAUGCCCAUCCUA